UACUAAAGUGAAUCAUCUAUCUUUAAUAAUGGAAUCAGCAGAAGAGGGACACGACACCGCCAUGGAUCUACAACAUGAAGAAUUCCAGAAGAUUCUAAUAAAAGAGGAAGAAGAUGAAGAUGAGGACGAUUAUUUCUUCUGUGAAGGAACCUCAAUCCCUGAGGAACACGUCACAUCUGAGGAACACCUCACCCCAGUGGAUCAACAGUGUGGAGGUUUCCAGAUGAAGCCUGUGAAGAAGGAAGAACCUGAAGAUACAGAUGAACUCAAAAUGAAGAACGAUUUCUCCUGCUCCUCGUCUCCACAUUCCUGUACGACCCAAAAUCAGCUCCACAAUCACAUCAAGAGCUGCAGUGAUGAAGAAUAUGAGACACUGGUGAAAUCUGAGACUGAACGUGAGGAUCUGACGCCCACCAGAAGCUCAAGUAAUCAGCAAACGUCCUCUGAUCCUGUCAGCAUCAACACGUCUCACCAGGGGAAACAGCAAGAAGGAAACGUCUGCUCACAUUGUGGGAAGAGCUUCAGGUUCCAGAGUGGUCUCAGAAUACACCAGCGCAUUCACACUGGAGAGAAACCGUAUCAGUGCUCACACUGUGGGAAGAGUUUUAAUAAACAGAGCUCUCUGAAAAACCACCAGCGCAUUCACACUGGAGAAAAACCGUAUCAGUGCUCACAGUGUGGGAAGAGUUUUAAUAAACAGAGUCAUCUUAAACGACACCAGCACAUUCAUACGGGAGAGAAACUUUAUCAGUGUGCACAGUGUGGGAACAGUUUCAAUCAACAGAGUGCUCUCAAAACACACCAGCGCAUUCACACUGGAGAGAAACCGUAUCAAUGCUUACUGUGUGCGAAGAGAUUUAAUCACCCGAGUGACCUUAAAUUACAUCAGCGCGUUCACACUGGAGAGAAACCGUAUCAGUGCUCACACUGUGGGAAGAGUUUUAAUACACGAAGUCAUCUCAAAACCCACCAGCGCAUUCACACUGGAGAGAAACCGUAUUUUUGCUCACAGUGUGGGAAGAGUUUUAAUACACUGAGUCAUCUGAAAAAUCACCAGCACAUUCACACCGGAGAGAAACUGUAUCAGUGCUCACAGUGUGGGAAGAGUUUUAAUUACCAGAGUCAUCUUAAACAACACCAGCGCAUUCACACUGGAGAGAAACCGUAUCAGUGCUCACAGUGUGGGAAGAGUUUUAAUCGAGAGAAUAGUCUGAUAAACCAUCAGCGCAUUCACACUGGAGAGAAACCAUAUAACUGUUUACAGUGUGGGAAGAGUUUUAAUAGACAGAGUAAUCUCAAAACCCACCAGCGCAUUCACACUGGAGAGAAACCAUAUCAGUGCGCACAGUGUGGGAAAUAUUUAGCUUAUUUAUCAACCCUUAAGAAACACAAGUGUCACAUCACAAUGUACCAAAUAAACUAACGGUUUAAUUGUUUAUACUUCAUUACCAACACAAUCACCAGGUGUUCUUAUUAAUGUAGCAGCAAUUGCAAUGUUUAGCUUGUGCUCAGAUCUUCUUUUCAAAAUGUAGCAUAUUUUGUGGUCAGUUUUGUUUAUAUUUUUUUUUUCUAUUGAAUAUACGUUAGUAAUUUUGUAAGUUUACAGUCAAUUAAGGUGAUUGUAAUGGUGAAACAUCAACAUGACAUUUUUAGUUUAUUGUAUUUGAU